AUGGCGCAAACUCUCAGGACCAGUACCCGUCUCUUUGCUCGGAUGAGCUCUAGAACGGUGCCAGCUUCUCGCCGAAGCUUUAUCGUUGCCCCCGUCUCGAGGAUGCCGGACUUGAUUCAAGACAUGUACCUGAAAGAACUACGAGCGUACAAGCCCCCGCCACAAAAAGCUUCGGAUGCCGAGGGACACGUUCAAAAAUUCACACCUCCCGCCGUACCCAAGUCACCAGAAGAGACCAAUCUUGCAAGCGAAAUGAAGGAAUACGAAGACCAAGUUGUUGAGAUUGAAGGCCAGGCUGCACCAGGAGAGACACAGCCUGAAGAAGACUUUUUCGAGGACAUUGAGGAGGAAGAUGAACCUGCACACCAUUGA